AUGAACCCAGUUACCAAUAAUAAUAAUAAUGAGGAUGAAGAGGAGAACAAAGAUGAUGACUUGAAAAAAACAUAUCAUCAUUCUUCAAGCACUGACUCUGGUGGUAGCAGCUGUGACUUUAUUGAAUUACCGUCCGAAGAUGUCUUCAAGAAUUUGAAGAAUGCACGUGGUUUUGCUAUUGACAUUGGUGGAUCUCUGACAAAGGUUGCUUAUUGUUCAAAUGUACAGAGAAAAACUUCCCUUGUAUCAGAUGAGUUUUCUGGUAAGAAUUCCAACAAGUGCAGCAUUUAUGAGAUCUUUGAGAAGGAUGAAUUUGUGUGCCGCCUCCAUUUCAUCAAGUUUGAAACUAAGUUCCUCAGCACGUGCCUUGAUUUUAUCCAGCAGAACCUGCUUGAGGGUAGUUCCAGCAGCAAAGACAGGACAUUCAAAGCAUCAGGGGGAGGGGCACACAAAUACAAAGAAUUGAUAACUGAAAAAUUGGGACCUCAUAUAUCUGAGGAAGAUGAAAUCCAUUGUCUCAUCAAAGGCUGUAUCUUUUUAUUGAAGAACAUACCUGAUGAAGCAUUCCUUUAUCAAAGAUAUGGAAAUCCAGAAUUCAAAUUCCAAGGAGUUGACCCAGACAUCUAUCCAUUCCUUUUGGUCAACAUUGGAUCUGGUGUCAGUAUCAUUAAGGUAGAAUCUGAGAAUAACUUUAGUCGGAUUGGGGGCACAUCAAUUGGUGGUGGUACAUUUUGGGGACUUGGAUCUUUGCUAACAGGUGGGAAGGUAAGCAUCAUUGUAGCAAGAAUUGAGUAUUGUCUGAUGUUCUUUAUUCUUUUUAGUUAA